UGUUAGGAAACAGAUUGAGAGAAUUUGCAAAUAAUAGCAGUGCGAAACGAUUCCUGCAGGCUGACGUUUGUUUAAUCGCGUAUUCUUUUAGUAAGAAAUAUUUUUUAAAUACACAGGCAAACAUGUAGCAAUUCGGUAAAUGCGAAGAUCGAUCGGUGUAUGCAGUUCAUCUUUUGCAGCAACAUUCACAUGGUGAUUCAACGUUCGCGUAGCAUGCGAAAUACAUGGCACGUAUGUGUUGUUAUCGGCUUUAUCGAAACUUCUUUCGUUAUUCACUGGGCUAUCGGAAUUGGGAUAAACAACCGGCAACGUUGGCGUUUACUUCUUCUGGCAUCUGUGAACGCUGUAUGGUUUGACAGACAACACAGUAGUAUCCACUCAUCAUCCAUUCAACAAGUGUCUUCUUCAUUUGUGGCUAAAAUGAACGGAACUGUGCACUACGCUAUGGUGGCUUUGCGUCAGACAUCCGGUUGCAAGAUCAUUGCGGAUUAUUCCACGAAUCCAAAUCCGAUCUAUCGUACUAUCGUUCUCAGUACCAUCGAUGGUCUAAAAACUGUCGAGGACGACAAGAUCAGCGUCGAUAACAGUAGAUAUACCGUACAUGUGCUGAUUGGGAAACUUCACUAUGUUUGUUUGACAUCGAAAGUGAACUGCCCCUCAUCAGCGAUAUGGGUAGAAUCGUGCUCUCAAAUAUUUUUGCAGAGGCUACGGACAGUUUAUAAAGACUUACCGUUAGCAGAUUUAUCGAAUUUAACCAAUCUCGCGGAAGAUGAGUUCUCAAAGCCAUUAAAGAAAAUAAUUGAAGAGUAUAAUCAAGGUAUUGGCUGUAAGAAUCUGACUUCAAAGUUAGAAGAAGAAUUGAUUGAAGUACGUUGCAUUUUAAUGAAUGGAGUCCAAAAGUUGAUUGAUAGGGGCGAAAGGUUGGACGAACUCAUCCGAAAGACGCAAAAUCUCGAAGUUUCGUCGCGGGACUUCCACGUAGUGUCAAGGACUCGGCAAAAGAAAAACAGCAACUUGAAGAUAGUAAUCGUAACGUCAGCCUUCAUGCUCGUGCUUGGUUCCGUGGUAUCGUUACCCGCAAUCAUCUUCGUAAACUUCACGAAAAGGCGACGAUUCUGCAACGUCAUUGGCGCGGUUAUCAUACCAGGAUGUUCAUCAUUAACUAGUAUUUAGUCCAACGUGUUCACCAGAUGUGGCAAGAUCACUACAAUAACAUGGCAAUGAAAAUCCAAGCCGUUUGGAGAGGCUAUUGGUCUAGAAAAACAAAGAUAAAUCUCUUGCAGUUACAACGAUGGUUGAAAAAUGUUUAUAUAAAGAACAACGAAACUUUAGAAAACAUGAAAAAAUUUAGACAACGAGAGCUUGAGCGUACGAGAAGUUUGACUGAACAAGAAGCAAUGCUGUGGAUUUUAUUUAUUUUGUUUAAGGUAAAAUAAUAAAACUAAUUAAUAUGAGAUCUUUGCAAUUUACACAUAUACACCUUGCUAUUUAUUAUGUAAUUUAAUAUUUAAACAUUAUACUUAUACAUUAUGUCCUUGUAAAGCUGCAUCACUUGCUGAGAACAAAGUGCCAUCCAGGUGUCAUCACAAGAAUUGAUAAAACUCACUUUAUAUACAUCGAAUAAAUGUUAAAGUGUCUCGAAUACAAUCAAUAUAUUGCGAAAGCAAAAACUGUUUGCAAAGACUGUCAAAUCGAUCAUAAACCUUCCUUAAUCUUUCGGGGCACUUAUUUUGAGAAAUGUGAGAAAGAAAUUCGUGAGUUUGAGAGAAGUUCGAGUUCUGGGAAAGUGCACAUUUUUAAAAGUACAAUUAAUUAAUAUUGAAUCAAUUACAUAAUUUUUAUAAUAAAAUAAUCUCACAAUCUUACAAACAAAAAUGCAUAUCCUAUCGUUUCACAAUUUUAUUAAAUAUUGUCUUUUUUUGUAUCCUCUGUAGAUCAAUGUUUUAAAAAGGAAAGAGGAACUAUGAUAAAAAAUAAACUAGGCUAUCAACAAAAGAAUAAAUGUUUCGGAAAGUGCUUACAUCAAAAUUUUACAUAUGUACAACCAAAUAAAUUAUACAAAGCUAUUAACAAAAUAAACUGCCAAUUAAAUCAGCUUCGCUUAAACUGU